AUGGCAUCCAGCACCAAGUACCAGCCUGCUCCGCAGCGCGACUCGUUCGAUGAACAACACUACACCCAGGCCCCUCCCGGCUACCAGGCCGCCGGACCCAGCGAUGUCGGCUACGGCACGCCCAGGGCUGAGGACGACAAUGUCCCCGAUGACUUCAAGUUCGGCGGCUCCGUCUCUGAGGCGACCCUCGACAUCCGCAUGCAGUUCAUCCGCAAAGUCUACACCAUCCUCACAGUCCAGAUCCUUCUGACCGCCGGCUUAUCUUCCCUCUCCUUCUUCUCACUCAGCUACAGGACCUGGAUCCAAUCCAACAGCUGGAUGAUGUGGGUGUCGUUGUUCGGCGCCAUCGGCUUCAUGCUCCUCACGUUCUGGAAACGCAAGUCCUACCCGACAAAUAUGCUCUUCCUGGCGGGCUUCACAGCGUUGGAGGCAUACAGUAUCAGCGUCAUCACAUCCUUCUACGAGUCUCGCAUUGUCAUCGAAGCGCUGGUCAUCACGCUUGGCAUCUUCGUCUUCCUGACGGUGUUCGCUUGCCAGACCAAGUACGAUUUUACGAGCUGGAUGCCUUACCUGUUUGGCGCGCUGUGGAUCCUGAUCAUCUUUGGUUUCAUGGCUGCUUUCUUCCCUCACAGUUCGACCAUGGAGACUGUUUAUGGCGCUGUUGCUGCACUAAUCUUCAGCGGCUAUAUUCUGGUGGACACCCAAUUGGUUAUGAGACAUUAUCACGUCGAAGAGGAGAUUGCUGCGAGCAUCAGCCUGUAUCUGGAUGUUCUUAACCUGUUCUUGGCAAUCUUGAGGAUCUUGAACAGCCAGAACAACAACUAA